AUGUUUACGAUCCUGUGGCCGCCCAGAUUUGCUGAGCACUUCAAGGUCCACAAGGCCAAGCGACAUCAGCCCAAGAGUCAGACCAGCCAUGAGCCCGGCAAAGGCCACAAGCCCUAUGAUCACUAUCACAUACAGAAAAAACACAAGGUAAUCGACAUGUUUAACCGUCAAACAGGAAGUGCACAAGAAUGGUACAGAAAUUGGUUACAAAGAUGGAACCUAGACUUUAAGCUCCAAAACAAUUUCCAUUUGGAUAAGAUAAAAGCUCAAGCACUAGAAAUAGCAAUUUUCUACCUCAACUCCAGUGUUGGCUUGGAACUCGACGAACGAAUUCCGGUCCUGAGGAACGCAAUCUCUGGCGGCAGACACCAGAAGCUUCCGCAGUUCUUCCAUAUUCCGAUUGAUAACGCCGAGGCGCGUGGUGGCUGGAGGAAAGGAGUGACGACGGCCGACGAGAGGAGAAUAGCUGCGUCGCGGCGGGAGAUUGUGUCGAGUAUUGGUGGCGGCGCCGGUGAGGUGACGGCGGGAGAGGAGGAGAUUAGGGAAGCGACGAGUGGCGGUGACAUGGUGGCUGUGGAUGAUGUUGUUAUUGUGUCGAUCUCAGGAGUUGGUACGGCUGACUCGUUGUUUAGUAGGUUAUCCGACUUAUUCACGUUCCACAAGGUAUGGAGACAGCUGAUGAAGACGGGUUACCAGAAGCUCCCGAUUCGUGCAUCAGGUCAGACGAGUGAAGAUUUCAUGCCACACGAGUUUGAUAUCACAUUUUUUAUGAGGAUUAUCUUCUAUAAUGUGUGGCAUUUUGAGCGCUCGCAAGGCAGUGAUUCUAAUUUCCCUUGCCGUUUUUACUUAUUUUCUAUUUCCCAUGCACAUAAUCCCACAUACGUACGAGUCUAA